AUGGCGGGGAGAAGGAAGCUCAUCGCAGUGAUCAGAGACGAGGACACGGUGACUGGUUUCCUGCUGGGCAGCAUAGGGGAGCUUAACAAGAACUGCCACCCCAAUUUCCUGGUGGUGGAGAAGGAUACAACCAUCAAUGAGAUCGAAGACACUUUCCGGCAAUUUCUAAACCGGGAUGACACUGGCAUCAUCCUCAUCAACCAGUACAUCGCAGAGAUGGUGCAGCAUGCCCUGGACACCCACCAGCACUCUAUCCCUACUGUCCUGGAGAUCCCCUCCAAAGAGCACCCAUAUGAGGCCGCCAAGGACUCCAUCCUGCGCAGGGCCAGGGGCAUGUUCACUGCCGAAGACCUGUGCUAG